AUGACAAAAAUAACCGGAAAUGCUUCGAUCACGACAGACAGUUCAACGUCCACAUAUGGAUCAGCAACGGCGUCGUCCGCAUCUUUACCUGAAAACGACCCACAAUCAUUUCAUCAACCGCGGGCAAGAACAAGAUCUGGCUCAUUAUUCAUCGAAGGAUCUGAUCCGUCUCCAUCGUCAGAAGCGAAAUCAUACAACGUUUAUAUUGAUGAUAGCAAAUAUAGUGAGAUCCUCAAACGAGAUACAAAUUCGAGUAGCACAGAUAGUAAGCAAGUCUUUGAAGAUGCUAGAGAUAACAAUUUCUACGAGGAAUCGCAUAAAGUUCUAGAGAACUCAAUUUUAGAUUUAAUACGACGAGAUCCAGAAGUAGCAACAUUCCCUUUACCUCCGCCGGGUUCAAGUGAGAGGAACAGAAAUUCGUCAAACGGCUCUUCCGCUGAAACUAACCCAAAUGGACACAGCAGCAGCGGUACAAUCUCGACUUCGGUACUGUUGAACAUGGGUUCUGCCGAAAAGCACACUGGAACGGCCAGAGGAGAUCAUAUGGAAUCAUCUUCAAUGAGAUCGUCCGAUAAAAAGGGAACCAGAUCUUCCUUAUUCUGUCCAAGGGUUGAGGGAACGUUACCGUACCAAGGACCAGGAGAUACCGUUUCCUCAAACAAAGCUACCAGCCAAGUACAAGAUACAUAUUCAUUUUCUUCUGUACGGUAUGAUGACGAUCUCGUACCAUCUAUUGAAGAGGCUGUUGAGGUAGCAAAGAACAGAGUUCCUAACAGUAGGCUAAAUGAUGAUUUUUCUGAUAAGGCUUUUAUUCCACAUGAGUUUCAAAUUCCCAAAAAGGCCUGGAAUAGACAGUCAGUGAAUGAAUCCCCUAAAAUCAGAACUCCAAGAAAUCAUUCCCUAUUAAUUGACAUACUAAAGCCAUUUGAAGCAGCUGACCUUGCUAACGACCAACGAAGCUAUCCCGCAGUAUUAAAAAACACAAUACAUUCUAGUGCGCUGUAUGAUUCAACUAUUGAAUAUCCCCGGACCCGAAUGCAAGAUCAAAGGCAGAUGGAUAUCAACGAAAUUAGUUCAGAGAAAAUACCUGAUCCUCAAGUCCCUCUUGGUAUUGCAAUGGACACCAUUGGUAAUCCAAACUUAUCAUAUGAAAAGGAGUACCAAAGUAAUGUAGAAGCUGGUUUAGCUUCUGGGGUCGACAAAGGAAACGACGCUAUUAAGGAAUACCAAUAUCAAAAAAUCCCCCAACAAAUCGAUCAAGAUUGGCAAUCAAAUUGUCAAAUGCACACAAUGCCUAUUCAAAGAAUAGAUUCCUCCUCCAUACGUUCAUACGAUUCUCAGAUAUAUGGCUUCUCUGAGAUUUACAGUAUUCCAAGGGUUUUGAUAACACUGUGCGUUUGUCUUUUUGUUCCACCCUUGUUUUUUUUCUUUUCAGUUAAUGGAGAGAGUGGCAUUUCAAAUUACAGAUUAAUGAGAAUGAUAAUGAAUUAUGAACAUAGAAUCGGUCUCCUCAAAGGGUUCGAAUGGGACAUUGAUGUACGAUGGUUCAGAACAUUGUGCUUUGUAUUAGGAUGUAUGGAGAUGUUAGUUAUAUUUGCUGCUAUAGGAAUAGGAUUUGGUGUAGGAAUAACAAGAGAGUAA